GACACCCUGUCAGCCUUAUAUACAGGUUCCUCACAUGCUCCAUAGCUCACCGUUCUCAGACCUCAGCUCAGCUAUUCUCUCUAGCUACAUUCACACAUGGGCUUUAAAUUCUCUUCCUCUGACGCAUUUGCUACCAUUGAAUGCACCGAUGGUGCCUCUAAGAUAUUCAAGCCGACAACAUCCGUGCGGACCACACGCUACGAACGGACAAGCAGGGUCGACCCGUCCUUUGUAAACAUUCCCGCUGGCUUUGGUAGCUAUGCUAAUGAAGCAGAGCCUCGGUACCUGCCUCUUGCAUGGUCGGCGUUUACGCAUCCGGAGGGACAAGCAUACUUCGUGUGCCAUGCGGAAAUCACUGUAGUGACAGAGGCGUACCUUUAUUCGCCCGAGGUUCAGAACAAGGUUGCAUUCUGGAUUGACGAAUUCAACGCCCGUCUCCUCUCGGCUGGAAUUCGCCUUCCCGGCACCUCAGAACUCUUCCUGGAGCUGGACGAAUCGUCCGACUCGUGCGGGUACUAUCUCGUGGACUAUGCGAGCCGGGUAGAGUUUUGGAUCGAGGAGGUCGACAGCGAUGAUUUGGAUAUCCCGACCGCUGUCUCGCUGUCGCACAGGCGGCUGACUCUCCAGGAGCAUUUCUGGACGCAUGUGGAGCAUUUCCCGUCGCAUCAUGCUAAGGAGAUCUCUCUGGAGCGCGACGAGCUUGUGCAUGUCUUCUCGCAUGCGAGAGCAGAUCAAAUGACAUCUGCGAACUCGACAUUCCCAUAUAGUGCAAAGCAAUGUACCGAAUUUCUUGAACUCUUGAACAGUGCACCUUGUACUAUCACAAGUCCAUAUUCUACAGCAUUGAUCGCUCGUUUGUGGUCUGUGGUCUACAACCAUAGAUUCUCCAUUCACUAUGGCGAGGAGCAUGCUCGCCUAUCCCGAGACCAGUCUAUCCUCGAUAUACCCAAAGUCAGCAGAAGCAUACCAUUCCGCAUGGCGUCACGCCUGCUUUUCAAGAUACCCGAUGCUCACCUUCAAGUGCUUGAUUCGCUUUACGUCGACAACCUCGUCUACGUAGAGCAUUGGCGGGACGCCAUGACGGCAAUCCAUGAAGAGUGGCUCAUGUGCUCGUACUGGGGAUUUGGACUGAUGAUUGUUGAUAUGCUGUCUCUUCUCGUCCCGGGGUCCAACCGCAUGGUCGCCCUCGCGUCCAUGCUUCUGUGCAACAUUGCCCUCGUGUCUGCAAUCGUGCACCUUGCGAAGCACCAUCGGGCCACCAAGUGGCACGCGGCAGACGCAGCAGAGUACCUUGCAGACACACGCAGCGAGAGCUCCGGCUUCCAAUGGACCGCCCUGGCUUUCAGCCUACCCAAAGCAUCGCUCUUGUGGGCGCUCGGAAUCUUCUCAUGCCAGGGACUUCUGUGGCUUCUGGCAGCGACGAACAUCUAUGCGGUUAGCGCGGUGGUGGCGUUCAUGUGUCUGGUGGCUCUGUGUUCGCAGGCGAGUCGUGUUACGUGGCAGAUGCCGGGGUUCCGCGGUACCUCGAAGGUGGAGGACAGUGUGGUUUGAAUCCAGGAUUGUUCGCCAAAAGUCCUUGAAUAUAGAUGUAUCCAUGCCUUCGCCAUAGCUAUUGUAGCCAUAUUUGUGCAAGUGAGUUUUCCAUGUCGACUUC